CAAGGUAGAUUUGUGAGUGAGUAAAGUGAGUAUUAUGGACUAACAGGAAAGUUAUCAGAAAAUAUGAAAUGUAUAACUAUUGAUGAUGGUUUCAAAUCGUGAUAAUUAGAUGUUGUUACAUUGAUGAUCGGAUCAGAAGAAAGAUUAAAAUUGAUUUUCGUUGUUAAUUUAACACCAAUUUACUAAUUAACUAUUGUGAACACGAUCAACAACAAACUGAUAACCAACGAUAAUCUUGAAAUUGUGUUUUUUCAAUUUAAUCAACUUGUAGAAAUAAUUUAAAUCAUAAUCUAUUAUAAUUCCUGAUUCCAUCCUGAUCUUCAUCUUCAUCACCUUCCUCUGUCUAAAUCAAUACUCCCCCAAAACCAUUACCCUUUUUUACAGAUUUUCAUAUAUUCAAUAAGUGAUUAGUAUUUUCACCAAUCAAAUGAUUGUGAAACGAUAAUCAGCCUACAUUGAUUAAAGUGUCUCCGAACCAAUUAACUUAUUAUUGUUGUUUGCAUUGUAGUUAAUGAUUUAAAAGUUGCGACUCAAGUGGUAACAUUGACAAUUAUCAGUAUUGGAAUUGGGUAAAAGCAAAACAAUUUAUCAACAUUAAAAGUUAAUUGUGUCUAUUGUUUCAGUUUUCAGCAAAAUAAAUCAAUUGGAAAUGGAUUUAACUCAUAGACCAGCUAAAUUAUGUAUAUUAUCAAAAUGGUCACCACAUUUUGAAGGUUACGGAUUCGAUUUGAUGACCAAAAAGUCGGGUGAAGGUCAUUACAUUUCAAUGGUACAUGAAGGCGGACCUGCUGAGGCCACUCAUUUGGAAGCCGGUGAUUGGUUAGUUGAAGUUAACGGUGUAAAUGUUGAAAAGUUUACUCAUGCUGAAGUGAUUAAGUUAAUCAAGGGAUCAGAGAAUGGAUCAGUUCAACUUUUGUUAGCACCAAAUGAAACAGAUAAAUGGAGGAAACGAAAUCAAGUGCCAAUCACUAGUUCCCAUCCCGAUUUAGUUCACUACAUUACUCCACCUUAUCAAGGUAAAUUGCGAUCAUUCAUUAACGGUGCUCUCGAUCGAUUGACUAUUGGUAAACGAAAUGAAUCUGAUGAUGAACCAAGUGUUUACCAUCGAUACUCAUUACCUAUUCCUUCAGGAAUGUCUGAUCAUGAUAUUGUUGAUUGGGCACCAUCAGGUAGAUCACCCAAUGGACGGACAAAUUCAAUCACCAUGAGAAGAUCAACUAAUGAUGAUGAACAAUUGGCUGGUUCAUUAGAUGAACAAAGACAAAAGGAAAUAGCUGAUUGGAGAGAUAAAUCAUUGGAAAUGUUGAUGGCAAGUCGUGUAGAUGAGGAGCAAGAAGAUGAAGACGAAGAUUCCAAUGUUCAAGAUGAGAAUGAAAUUUCAAUAUUUUCUCAUCAUCAGGACGAAUCCACUUACAAAAGAAGUGAAAAUGGUAACAAUAGUAGACCCAUUUCGGGUUAUCAGGAAAAAGUUUUAGUCGAUAUUCACUUGACUGAUAAUAAUUGCAACAAUAACAGUGAUACGAGCAACGACAAUAAUAACAAUACAAACAACAAUAACAAUGGACACAAAGAUGAUAAUAAUCACAUAACAACCAUCACUCUGUUGGAUGGUGAAUUUUUUGCUCGAUUUUGCAAGAUUUCAAAGUCUUCUGAAAGAUCGGAUUAUGGUUUCAAAAUGGAUUCAUUGCCGUCGGGUGGUGGUCAUUUUCUAAGAUCAAUUGAACCAACUGGUCCCGCUGGUGUGAGUGGUAUUCAACAAGAUGAUAGACUCAUUGAAGUCAAUAAUGUAAAUGUUGAAUACACCGAUCAUGAUACUGUAGUUACCAUGAUUCGUAAAUCACCCGAUUGUGAAGUUACUCUAUUAGUUGUUGAUGAUAAAGCAUAUAAAUGGUUUAAAUCUCGAAAUAUCAGAAUUCACCAUGGAACAGGUGGAUCAUUGAUUCGUUAUUGUGAUCAUCGUGGAUUAAGAGAGCCAGGAUAUAAUUUCGAGAGACCAGUGUCAAUGGUUGAGGAAAAUAGAAGAAGCCAAUUGUACAGAAGAGGAUUAUCUUCUCAGUCAGCGAUUGGAGAUGAUCGAUCAGCUGGAAACUCAAGUGAUGUUGAUAUUGAAUCUGAUGCUAAGAAUGAGGACAAACAUCUUCCAAUAGAAUUAAGAAAUCACCAUAGUGUUGAUGCAAAUAAUAAGUCUGAUGAUGAAUCGAUUGGGCGUGAUGAUCAAGUGACAACCAGACAAUCAAUAGAAACAACAGUUACAACGUCAACAGACACAAGAGGAUCAAGUGGAUUAGAUCAACAGCAAAAACAACAAGAAUCUCGAUCAUCACAAAUUAGUGAUUGGUCUUAUGGAUCAUUGAGUGAUGUGGAUAGAUUUAAUCGAGGAAAAACAAUAAUUAAGGUUCCUGAUGAUGCACCAAGACCAAGAUUAUGUUCAAUAACGAAAGAUCCUGAGGGUAUAUUUGGAUUUACUUUGAAUACUUAUGAAAAGGGACGAAUCAAGUUAAUCGCCGAUAUUGAUCAAGGAAGUUCAGCUGAGGCCGCUGGUCUACUUCAAUGGGAUCGAGUGAUUGAAGUUAAUGGUGUUAAUAUCAAUAUUGAGAAUCAUGCUCAGGUAACUGGUAGAAUUGAAGCUUCGGGAAAUCGUUUGCAUCUCUUGGUUCUUCCUGAAGCGCAAUACGGAUGGUAUGAGCGCGCUGGACUAGUGCCGAGAUCUAAUCAGUCCAAUGUUAUUUAUCUUUCAAAUACUGAUGUUACUAGAGACUCAAUAACAAUCGCUCGAUCACUUGAACAUUCAGUGCCAUUAAUAUAUAACAGAAAAUCGAAGACAAAUAGUAAACAAAAUUCACCUAAAAAAUCAUCUUCAUCUCCCACAACAAUCACAACAACAACAACUCCCUCCACGACAAUGACAACAUCAACACCAGAAUCUACAAGCAAUAAUGAAAUUAAAGGCUCUUCAAGUAUAACUACUGAUAAUAAUAAUGAUAAAACCGAUAAUUAUGAUGAUAGCGAGUCACAAUUAACUAUGGAAAUGAUAAAAAUGAGGAAAGAGGAUCAAAUUAAAAAACCUUUUCAAUCAAAUGUCAACAGUUACAAAGUCAAUGAAGACAAUGAUGGUAAUGAAAGUAAUGGCAAUUCAACGAUCAGCCCUACAAUUCAAUAUCAUACAAUUGACGAGGAAACUACGGAAGCAAUUUACGAUCAUCGAGAGACCCAUGAAGUAGCAACACUUCCCUUGAGAAAACCAAAGAAGAAAAGUCUAACGAAAAGGAUAUUCAGAGGAUCCAUUUUUUCAAGUAAAAAGGAUAAACUUUAUACUGGCAGUGGAUCGAUUUCAAAUCUAUCGGUUAAAAGUGACAUUGUCAUGAGAGGAUCGAGUUCCGUGAGUGACCUCACCUUGGAUGCUAAAAGCAGAACCUUAAAACGGUCGGUAACGCAAUUAAAUAAUCGAUUGGAUGAAGAUGAAAUUAACGAGUAUCAACUGCCGCAAGAUAUUGACCAAGAUCGCGAAAAUAAUGUGGUCACUGUUAUGGUGAAAAGAAAUGUUCAACCAAUCACUGCCUGGUCAACAUCGAACAACAAUAAUAACAAUCAUAAGAUUGUCAGUGAAAUUCAUGAUAAUAACAAUGGAUUCAGUGGUCAUCAGGAUCAUUUACUGACCAAAGGAGAGGGAGAUGAUAUUGUAGAUCAACAAGAUGAAAGCCAAUUGCUGGAAAGGUUAAAAAGUUUGACCCUACGCGAUGUUAGAAAAACAACUCGAGCCGAAAGUAAAAUUCAGGCCUAUCAACGGAUGUCGUCGUUGAAUUUCAGCCAACGAAUUAAGCACUUUGAAGAUCUUUAGAAACCAAUUAUAUGCAAUACAAUUAAAAUUAUCUAAUUAUUAUAACGAUUAUCAUUCAAAUUUACUUCUCACCUAAUCAAAUCAUCCACAUUUCCUGUAAUCAUCUCAUUAUAUUCAAAUAUCAUGUUGAUCAAAUUAAACAGCCAUAAAGAUUAUUGCAAUGAUUAAAACAAUUGAAUUUGGUAUCAA